AUGGCCCUCGUCAAAAAGUGCCCCGAUACAUGGACGGAGAAUGGCGUACAAUCCACCUUCGACAUCACCUUCUCAUCGACCUCUUCGCUCACGGGGACCACAGACGUAUGCGGCUGGGGCUGGCGAUUCGCCUGGGACUGCUCCGAUGGACCAGUCACCGUCUACUUCGACCCGCACCUGAUAGCGAAUGCCAAGUACGGGCGGGUAUCGUGCGCUCUCUCUACCACGGGGCUAAGAACAGAGAUAUACGAUAUUGGCACCUUUUCUGUCACGCUACCGCUUCUCCCCACCGAGCUACCUCCAUCCACAGCUGGAUGGCCCAUCGGCAGAUGUUCCCGGACCCAUGUAAAAGCUCUGAGAAGGAAGUUCGACUCGGAGUCGUCUAGGUCGCGCCCAUCUGAAACCCCUCCGGCUGUCUUAACCGUCACCAUUUCCUUUGAAGCAGCACACGGCUUUGCUCCUCCCCAACCGCUCACCAUCCGAACCCGCCUCCCGUUCUCCGAAGAGCCGCUCCCCGCCCGCAUUCGCGCCUGCCUCGCCGACACAAUCCACGGCGGAGAACUCAUCGACGUCAAAUUCUGGCUUUACUCCCGUGUGGCGACUGGAUACGUGUAUCAUCCGCGCCCGCUCUACGGGAACCUCAAGCUUAUGCGCGGAACAUCGAAGCAGUUUGACCAAGAUAUCGACGACUUGCUUAGCGGUUUUGCAGAGUCGGGCCAGACGGACAUCGCCACGGACAAGCCGCCCCAGGCUGCGUUCGAGGAGUACGACUACAUGUCUGACAGCGACAUGGAUGAAGACGAGGCGAUCGACGGGGAUAUGAUUGUCGACGAAGAAGGCCCCGAAACGCCCGAGGCACAGUCCGCGGCAGGUCCCAGCACACAGAUAAUCCAGGCUGUAAACGACUCAGAAACUAUUAUUGGUCGUCGCGGCUACCGCAUUGUGAUCAAAGGCCACGCAUAUAAUACGUGGAAGGCCUUGCUUUCCUACCUCUACACCGGCGACAUCCACUUCUGCAAGAUCAAGGCGGGUAAAGGUCAUUCUCCCCCUGCCAAACGCGACGACGGUGCCCCAGAAUGCUCCCCGAAAUCCAUGUAUAAGCUCGCGGAAAAGCAUGGCCUCGAGGACCUCAAAGCCCGCGCGCUCGAGUCGAUCCGCUCUCAGAUGUCGGCGGACACCAUCGUACACGAGGCGUUCUCCAACUUCACGGCUAUGUUCGAAGAGGUCAAAGCCAUGCAGGUCGGCUUCCUGCGCAAAAAUCUACGUGACGCGGCGGUCCGUGAGGGCCUGACGGGCAUGUUGCUCCAUCUGUGUGACGGCCGCGGAUCGUCUGCCUCCGCUGCCGUGCUGCAGGACGUUAUUUACGGUCCGAACGGUGGGCUCUCCCUCGAAUACGCGUAG